GAAUAGUGAGGAACCCCUCUUAAAAUCACAGGGACAUCAGUGUGAGAGGAACACUAUCGUAGCACUACUGUAGCUCCUGGAGGGAUUCUCUCUCUUGGGAUUCUAAUAUAUCAAGCUGCAGGGCGGCCAGGGUGGCCGGGAUGCCACUGUGUGCCCUGCCAGUCCACGGUGGAUCGUGAGGGGCAGGAGGACGGAGUGGUGGAGACGGAGUGUAGCAGGCUGGGAGGGCACCACCCGUCUGGAGACAUGAACCUCUGCUGGAACGAGAUCAAACGCAAGUCCCACAACAUCCGAGUGCGGCUAGAAGCGUUCUCCGACAACAGUGGGAAGCUGCAGCUCUCCCUGCAGGAGAUCAUAGAAUGGCUGACGGCCAAGGACGAGGAGCUGUCGGAGCAGCUGCCCAUAGGUGGCGAUGUGGGGGCCGUCCAACACCAGAGGGAGUUCCACCAGGUCUUCAUGGAGGAUGUCAAGUCUCGGGGGCCUUUCAUCUACUCUGUGCUGGAGUCUGCCCAGGCCUUCCUGGCACAGCACCCCUUCCAGGAGCCCGAGGAGACGCUGCCUGACGGAAAAGAAGUGUCUCCGAGGAAGCGGAUCCUGAACGUGAGUCGCUCGGUGUGGAAGCAGGCCAAUGUAACCAGUGACCUGUGGGAGAAGCUGACUGCCCGCUGCGUGGACCGACACAGGCACAUGGAGCGGACCCUGGAACGACUGCUGCAGACGCAAUCAGCAAUGGAGGAGCUGGCGAUGGCCCUGGAGCAGGCUGAGGGUGUCCGGGAUGCAUGGGAGCCUGUAGGGGACCUCUUCAUCGACUCACUGCAGGACCACAUUGAUGCCACCAAGUUGUUUAAGGAGGAGCUGACUCAGGUGAAAGAGGGCAUGAAGCACAUCAAUGACCUGGCUCAUGAGCUGGCCAUCUCUGACGUCCAUUUGUCCAUGGACAACUCUCGCUCCCUGGAGCACCUCAACAGCCGCUGGAAACUACUGCAGGGCUCCAUUGAAGAGCGUCUGAAGCAGCUGCAGGAUGCUCACAGAGACUUUGGCCCUGGAUCCCAGCACUUCCUGUCCAGUUCAGUGCAGAUUCCCUGGGAACGUGCCAUCUCUCCAAACAAAGUGCCCUACUACAUCAACCAUCAGGCCCAGACGACGUGCUGGGAUCAUCCAAAGAUGACGGAGCUGUACCAGGCGCUGGCGGAUCUGAACAAUAUCAAGUUCUCAGCGUACCGGACAGCCAUGAAGCUGCGGCGGGUGCAGAAGGCUCUGAGAUUGGAUCUGCUGAGGCUGGUGAGUGUGGUGGACGUGUUCAGGGAGCAGGAUCUGCAGCAUGGGGAACAUGUGAUGGAUGUGGUGGAGAUGAUCCAUGCCCUGACCGGCCUGUACGAGAGACUGGAGGAGGAGAGGAGGGCCAUCGUGGUCAACAUCCCUCUCUGUGUGGACAUGUGUCUCAACUGGCUGCUCAACGUCUACGACAGUGGUCGCAAUGGGAAGAUGCGCGUCCUCUCCUUCAAGACGGGACUGGUGAGCCUGUGCAAUGCGGAUGUUCAGGAGAAGUAUAAAUACCUGUUCAGGCAGGUGUCUGGUCCAGGGGGUCUGACAGACCAGCGUUACCUCAGUAUGCUGCUCUAUGAAGCCAUCCAGAUCCCCCGACAGCUGGGAGAGGUGGCCGCCUUCGGAGGGAGCAACGUGGAGCCCAGUGUACGCAGCUGCUUCCGCAUGGCCCCAGGGAAGCCAGCCAUCGAGGUAUCUCAUUUCCUGGAGUGGAUGAGCCUGGAGCCCCAGUCAGUAGUGUGGCUGGCUGUUCUACAGCGUGUGGCUGUGGCCGAGUCAGCCAAGCACCAGGCCAAGUGUUACAUCUGUAAACAGUGCCCCAUCAAGGGAUUCAGGUACCGCAGUCUUAAACAAUUCAAUGUGGACAUCUGCCAGACGUGCUUCCUCACAGGACGCACAACCAAGGGAAAGAAGCAGCUCCAAUACCCCAUCAUGGAGUACUAUACCCCAACCACCUCAGGAGAGAAGAUGCGGGACUUUGCCAAGACGCUGAAGAACAAGUUCCGGUCGAAGCAGUACUUCAGCAAGCACCCCCAGCGGGGCUACCUGCCUGUCCAGUCCGUGCUGGAGGCAGAGAGCUCUGAGACGCCGUGCUCCUCUCCCAAGCUACCCCAUGCAGACACCCACAGCAGAAUCGAGCACUUUGCUAGCAGGUUGGCAGAGAUGGAGAACCAGAAUUGUUCCUUCUUCACGGAUAGCCUGUCGCCUGAUGAGAGUCUGGAUGAAGAUCAGUACCUCCUGCGUCACUCCAGCCUCGGCGCCCUGGAGCAGGACUCCCCUAGCGGACAGCAGAUGCUGCUGGCCCACCUGGACUGUCAGGACAAGGACGAACUGCAGAGAACGCUGGCCCGCCUGGAGAACGAGAACCGGGUGCUGCAGGGGGAGUGGCGGCGGCUGAAGUGGAGGCAUGAGGAGGCGGCGGCGGCACCCCAGCUGACGGAGGGAGGCGAGGGGGGUCCGGGAUCGCCCGCGGAGGGCCAGCAGGACGAGGAGCUCCUGGCCGAGGCGAGGGUCCUCCGGCAGCACAAGACUCGCCUGGAGACACGCAUGCAGAUCCUGGAGGAUCACAACAAACAGCUGGAGUCCCAGCUGCACAGACUCCGAGAGUUACUGCUGCAGCCCAAAGAUGAUUCGGAGGCCAACGGGUCGGAACCUUCGUCCCUAUCGUCUCCGGUGUCAGGGGGAGGCCAUCAGGGGGACGGACCCAGUAGAGAGACUACAGACACAGAGGCAGCAGGAGAUGGAGAUGAGGAUCAUGAACAGGACACAGUGCAGCAGCUGCAGGAGGUCAUAGAGCAGCUGAGAAACGUCUUCCCUUCAGAACCUGGAACCACAUCACUCAUCUAACCCAGGGCGGGGCUUGGAGUGCAGAGUGAAUCCUGAUGGGAUGCCUGAUGGCCCGUGCCCCAUAUAGCUGCCAUCAGAGGGACAGAGAGUGCACCAGGUCCUUGACCCAUACAGCAGCUAACCCAGAGCUGACCCCUCCCUCCCCCUGGACCUCUAUGCACUAACCACCCAUGUGGGAACCAAAGGCUAACGGCUAAUGCUAACGUCCAGGCCGGGCCACACACUAUGCUAACAAGCUAUGGCUAAUGCCUAAUGUUAGCGGUGCAGCCAGACACUGUGUUAACCAGCUAAGGAGGCUAAGGAAGCUAACGGCUAACGUUAGCAGCCCAGCCAUGCAGAAACCGUUUUAUCUAGCUAAUCCGCUACUGGCUAAUGCUAGCAUCCCAGCCAAGACACUGUGCUAUCCAGCGUCUGCGUAGUCGUCCGAAGGUGUGACGCUUUAUAUCCAUACAGCACAAGGACCUUCCACAAAAAGGACUGAGGAUUUCCAUCAUGUUUGUUCUGUCCAGUAACUGGGUGCGUUUGUGUUUUUCCUGUUUUCUAAUGCGUUUCAAACUUCCUUUUUUUUACGGGGCGAUCAUGCGCACCAGCAUUGACUUGAUUUGGGCCAGGCUGGCUGCGUUUCAUGCGGCUGUGCUCAGGCGGCUGGGGCAGGCGUACCCAGAGCAAAGCAGAGCAGAUUGCCGGGGAGCCAGCGGGACCCACAACAAGCUUAUUGACUCUGUGGGACUGACACAUCAUCAGUAAAACCCUAUGAUUUAUUUAAGACAGCCAAAGUGCCCGCCAGCGCAGGCAGCGCUGCUUCUGUGCACACAGUUCCUCUAAUCUUCCCAAACUGAGAUGCCUGUCGUCUCUCUCGCGUGGCUCCCAUCUCUCUGUCACAGUGAGUGCACAUAUCACACGCACGCAGACACACGUUGUUUCAGAUGAGCUCUCAUGCUGUACUAACACACAUACUCAUACUCACUCAGAUUCAUAUCGACAUUCAUAUCACAUAGGAAUACACAACUAUAAACACCUAUAAACGCACAUACACUUACACUCACAUCCACAAACUUUUGCGAAAAGAAAUCAGUGAAGAUGGGCUGUGAUUUUGCGUCUCUCUGUUCAGGAGAAGAGUCUCGAGACAACGCCAAUUUGUACCGUGGCUCAGUGUGUUUAGCUGAGAAAGCGUCUAGUGUUAAACGCCAGGCCCUCGACUAUGGGCUCUAGCUUCCGCUGCGUCCAGAGCUGCUAGGCUCCCCCCCUCCUCUAAGGACACUAAGGGGGCUAGGGAGGGGCACCACCUCCUCCACACUGCGGCCCAAUUUCAAAUCAACCCCUAGCCCCUUACACAUGGCACUUCAUCUGAAAUGAUCAGAUAAGCAAUAUGCUAAUAACUUCACUUUUCCCUCUGCUGGGUGGAAUGUUCACCAUAUUGCUUAAACCUUUCAGGGGUACACACAUGCCUAGGAUAGUAGGAGCUCGAGGCUGGGCUACCAUCACACCAGGAUCACAUGACACUCCAGACAGAGCACAGUAUAUUUGCCUUAAACCCAGACAGAGCCCAACACGCACCAAUACGUGUGUUUCACGUUGCUGCCUCAAACAUUAUUAAAUGGAGUUGGCCCUGGCGCUCUCUCUCUCUCUCUUCUCUCUCUCCUCCCUCUUUCUCCCUCUUUCCCUCUCUUCUUUUCUCUUUUCAUGCUUGUGUCCAUUUGUGUAUCAGAUGUUAAAGUACUGGCUCACAAAAGGCCUUUUUUAUUCUCUCAGUGUUUUCACAAUCAGAGGAGGAAAUUGCAUCAGUGGGGUGUUGUGGGUGGAUGUGGAUGUCAUUCAACGUCAGAUGCUAGCUCUGUUUAGGGGUCUGGGUUCUGUGGCAUUUUGCAUUGGAGGCAUCAGAGAGCCUUUAUGAGUAAGGACAGGGAAGACAGUGGGAAUUGACAGCGCUAGAGCGGCCUAGCACCUGAGAGACUAAAUAAAAAGGCUGGGGUCAAAUAGGGCUUUGGCGGGGUGGAGGGAGGAUGGUGAGAAUGUGAAAGAGAAGUGGAAGGGAGGUUCUGAGGAGGGGAGAUCUGAGAGGAAAAUAGUCUGUUUAGCGCUCCUGGGCUGAGUGGAGAGGAGCGAUCCACUUUGAUGUGCUUGCCACAGCAAAUCUCCAGAAAGAGGCGGACACAGACAGGAGGCGAGCGGUUUGCUAGAAGAAAAGAGGACAGAUGCUCUGUUUUUUAUGAGGUACCACUUCCCUAAAGUUAUUACACCCACAGUCGCAGGGAGCCAUGAUGUGAAUAGUUUAUAUUCAUUGGGAGAACAUUCUGACCUUAUUGCCAAGAACAGAUUUCAGUUUGAAUCCUAUCCCGGUAUUCGUUAGACUUUAUCCCCUCCAGGCGCCAGCGUUCACAUUUGACAUCAUCGAGUUCGGCCGUGGCUGUCUGUUUGUUUUGCUGCCGUUGCUAGGGAACUGUACACUGUACAGGUUGCGAGUCGGCAAGGUGGGGCGCCAUUCAUAAUGGAAAUGAUAAUAACCAUAUGGGGAAGUGAGGGCGCCUCGUUUCCAUACCUCAGCCCCCUUAUCCCCCGAUCCCUCCUUAACCACCCCUGCAUACUGGCAUAGAUAGUUUUUAUCAUUGACAUCUGUUCUACCUUUGCCAAGGGCUGACGUGCACCGGCAUUCCUUCUUAACAGGAUCCAGGAACAAAGAAGUGCUCGAAUGAAAAAAACACGCAACUCAAAUAAUGUUUACUUUUUGGAAACUUCUUUCAUGUUUUUAAAAUGUAAACACACAUCUCAUUACACAUUGAUGAGCCCCCUGAACACAGUUGUGGCUCUGAAUAUAUUCAGCUGUGAAUGCAUCACAACGCUCUCUCUCUCUGUGAAAUAAUGAACUACAGCGAUUAGGCCUGGAAACCAUAUGUCAUGUAGACCUACAGUAUGUGCCUUCAGAGAGUAUUCACCCUUGCCUUUUUCCACAUUGUGUUGUGUUACAGCCUUAAUUUAAAGUAGAUUGAGAUUUUGUGUC